UCACAGUUUGCGGCGUUACCGCGGAGUUUCAUCAGGAAGAGUGAAAAGAACGCCUGCUUGGUGAUGUAAACAAUURUUUUGACGCUCUAAAACUUGCUAAUGUUAGCUUCCAUUAACUGUAAUGUUACAAACYGACAUGUUCUUAGUUUAGAUUGAGUCUUACCACGUAGUUAGUCAGGUUCGCAGCGGGAGGCAGUGCAGGGGUCAAAAACUAUCAAGGACUGAAUCAAGKAUCAUGGAGACCUUUCUGGAACCAAUGCAGAAUUUUGAUUUGAGCUCCGUCCUGUCCUCCUGUGAGCCGGAGCUUCAGGAGCUCAUGAGGCAGAUCGACAUCAUGAUCAACCACCAGAAGCGGCAGUGGGAGGCAGAGGUCCGGGCCUUGGAGCUCAGGGUGAAGAGUGGAGAAGAAGAGCUUCUAACCUCCAGGAACAUCAUCCAGCAAAGGAACCUGGAGAUUGACUUACUUCACAAGCAGCUUGAAGAAAUCCAGACGAAUCGCCAGGAGUUAGUUUCCAAAUAUGAACAGCAGCUGCAGAAAGUCAAAGAAGAGCUGGAUAAAUUAAAGCGAAGUUACCAGAAGCUUCAGCGCAAGCAGCUCAAGGAGACAAACACAGGAGGAAAACAGACGGAGCUUUCAAAGGAACACAGGGAGUGCUGCUCAGAGGUGCAGCAUCUCCAAGCUCAGCUGGAGAAGACUCAGGCCGCCCUGAGCUCACAGGAGCUGGAACUGGAGCGCCUGAUGGGUCGGCACCAGGAAGAACAGCCGGUGUCGGGAGGACAGGCAGAGCUCCACGCCACGCUGGACUCCCAGGAUGCAUUUCUCCACAGAAACAGUUCGGAGCGCUACAGACUUCAUAAUGAAGCCUCCAGACUGAAACAACUGCUGCAGGCUAAAGAUCAAGUCAUCCGACCUGUGUGUGUGUGCGCUCUGGUGUGUAUGUGCAGCUCUCUGGAGGACUGCCUGGCUGCUCAGGGCUGCUCCGGAGUGGAGACCCUCAGGAAGGACUUGGAGAGGACUGCAGCCAGGCUUCAGGGUUCUCAGACCUGUGAGGUCCACCUGAAGWCUGAGCUCUCACAGCUGAGAGAGAGAUUGGAACAUGUGAGCAGACAUGGAGGUGAACAAUCAAACAUGGAGCAGGAGCUGAGGAAGAUUAAAGCAGACCAGGACUCCUCUGCUGCUGAGAUCAAACAGCUCAAAGGGGAGCUUCAGAGAGCCAGGCAGACUCACAGCGGUCAGCUUGACGGGUUGAGGAAGGAGGUGGAGAAGCUGAUGGGUGAGCUGCACCAGCGGGACCUCACCAUCGCCUCGCUGAGCGGCGCCUCCAGCAUCGAGCUGCAGCGUCAAGGCCAGGUGGACAGAGUCGAGCUACAAAUGACUCCAGAGCAGCUGGAGACUCUAYUAGCAGAGAAGCAGCACCUGACAGACCUGCUGCAGACACUACAGCAUCCCUCACCCAAGAGGGGGGAACCCUCUGUGGCCUCGCUGAGGGAGAGCUACCUGUCCUCUCUGAGCAGCCUGGAACAGGAAAACCAGCAGCUAAGACAGGAACUUUCCAAGGUGUGCUCGCAGCUGGACGCUUCAAACCAAGCCUGUCAGGAGAAGUAUGAACAGGAUCUGCUCAGUCCCUCCAUCGACAAGCAGCUGGACCAGCACCAGGACCAGCACCAGGACAGGUUUCAGGAGCGGCAGAACACCGGUCACUAUGAAGGAAACAUCCAGAGACUGUUUCAAGAGCUUCAGACCGUGACUCAGACCCCCACAGACCGGCCCCACAGCCAGACCCAGGUCAACAGGACUCCUCCCUCCUCCUCUUCAUCCAGCUGCAGUACCAGACUGAUCAGGAUGAAUGCAGCAUCCAGUAAACCUGCUGCUGAGGGUUCAGGCUCAGAGGACUGUCUGGCCUCAGGCUCCAGGGAGAAAGGGACUCCCUCUCCUUCCUUAGAGAGGCCUCCGUCUGCAUCGCCCAUACACAGCAUGAUCCACGGCUUCCUGGAGGAGGAGAUCCUGAGGUCUGAGGAGCUGCUGCAGAAACUGGACCUCCACAUCCAGGGGAUGAGAGAGAGCAACACCAGGACUGCGUUCAAGUACCGGACCAGUAGCACCAGUUAGGCUCUGAGUGACUCUGAAUUCUUCACAGCUCUCUAAGGCAGCUGAGAGCUUUGAUUUCACUCAUAAAACUGAACAUCCACUCUCUGCUCAUCAUUUCCUCUUUGUUUAGGUUCAGAUUCACGCAGCAACAGAAGCAGGAGUUGUUUUCCUGCUGUGCCUUUUAAUGCUUUAACUUAUUUCUUUUGUCAGGAGAGCCGCUUUAAGCUAACUACAUGUGGAAACAUUAAAACAUGCUUAAAGUCAA